UUUUCAAAUUUGAGCUCCUCUCUUCUCUUGUCUGUUGCACACUCACUAUCUCUCUCUCUCUCUCUCUCUUGUGUGUUUAUUAAUAAUUAAUAAUAACGUUGGUAUUUUCCUUCCUCCAUUGCUCCAAUUUGAAGUCUUGUGAACCAAACCCUAGAACAACGAGAUCCCCAAUGUCUGCACCUGAUUCAACUGCUCCUCCACUCCCUCUCUCCACUAAGGAGAACAUUACUCCCAUUUCCACUAAAAUCGCGGAACUAAAUGAAUCACGAUCGGAACUUCUCGGUAGAAUUCAGAGUUUGAAACAGGAUUUGCAAGGUUGGAGAUCAAAAUUAGACACACAAGUCAAGGUCUAUCGGGAUGAGCUGUCAGACCUUAAGAAAACACUCAAUGUCGAAGUGGAGCAACUUAGAGCAGAAUUUCAAGAUCUGAGAACCACUCUUCAGCAACAACAAGAGGAUGUUACUUCUAGCUUAAGAAACUUGGGGCUUCAGGAUGUCUCAGGAGAUGUAAAGCAAGCUCAAUCACAAGAGGCUAAGAUUGAAGAAAUUGUCAAGGAAGAGCAGCCAGUGUUGCCAAAAGAGGAGAAUGCCAAAGUAACUGAAAAUUAAAUAGCCUUUUGUUUGGGGUAUUUGCUAUACUAUAAAUGUAUACCCUAAGAGCUGAGUGGUUUUAUGUGUGUUUGUAUUAGUAGUUUUAUGUUCUGUUUGAUUAGUACUGUUGAGUACAAUACAAUACAGACUCAAGUAAAUCAAUGAUAAAAAGUUUCCUACCCUUUGUGUUCUC